AUGCAGAACACAUCGAACUCUCCUAUCAAGUACCGCCUCAAAGAGGGCUACGGCCGAACAUUCCAUUUCCCACGUCAAAGGCCCGGGCAGCAACACCUCACACACGUCGGCACGGCCGACUGCACUACGACCAUGGGAAUCUACCUGCCCAUCGACGAUACCCGCUAUUUCGUCGCCCACAUCAACGCCUUCGUCAAAAUCCGCAACCCCAACGCCGAUGGAGGUUGGCAGAAUCAGGAGCAGAAUAUCCGCCCAGAAGAAGGCAUCCUCAUCCAAAAUCAAGUCGUCCAAAAAUUGAAAGACUGCUCCACGCGAGACGGAUGGACUGCUCGUGACGUGCUGGAUUACUCUCGUCGCACCAGUGUCAACCCCGUCAUCAUCUGCGCUGAGGUCUUCACAGCUCCAGCGCGACCCGCGAGAUUCGUUGCAGGGGGAAUCAGCACAUUCUUGGGGAUUGAGGCGUGUGAUAUUCUGGGGCAGCAGUCGAAGAGGUUCGUGGUGGAGCAUGCGACGGGGCGGAUGCAGUAUGUGUUCAAGUGUGUUGAGGAGAGAGAUGAGCGCAGGAUCUUUGACAAGGUGGAGGAGGAGAUUGUGGCGGAGGAGGAGAUUGUGGCGAAGGAGUGGGAUGUCGGGGUUUGGAGGCAAGAGAUCGCUUGGAGAUAG